CGGCUCUGGAUACGAUCCAUCCACUUGAUCACCAACAAAAGGGGUCUUAAAUGCGGAAGCCGGAAAGGGUACCGCUUCUGCGUUCAUGCGAUGUGGCGCCAUUAGAAUUAGAAGGCUGCGUGGCGCGCCAAGAUCCAAUAGCUUUCUCCCAUCCGUAACAAGUAGCAGCUGUUGGGUUUCACAGUAAUUCCCAGAUGGAAGAAAGGGGCAAUGAAGCUUCAUCAUCUUUUGAGCCAUCAGGGCUACAUGGCAACCCCAUAUGUGACUAGAUUGGUCAGGAGGGCUAUAGCCUCUUCCUUGUCCACUCGUGCGUUUUCGAAAUGGGAGGGCUUUGGCGUUUCGAUGGUCCAAGGAGCGUCCAGGGGCAUUGGACUUGAAUUUGUUAAGCAAUUGCUGGAAAGAAAUGAGAAAGGUCAUGUCAUUGCUACCUGUCGUAAUCCUAAUGGAGCAACAGGCCUUCUUGAGGUAAAAAAUAAGUUUGAGGAACGCCUGAACAUUCUACAGUUGGAUCUGACUGUUGAAAGCACCAUCGAGGCAUCAGCAAAGUCCAUAAAAGAGAGAUAUGGCUCCUUAAAUCUUCUCAUUAAUGCAUCUGGCAUUCUCUCAAUACCUGAUAUUUUGCAGCCAGAAACAACAUUCAACAAAUUACAGAAAUCAUCUUUGUUGCUGGCUUAUGAAGUUAAUGCUGUGGGCCCAAUUUUGGUAAUCAAGCAUAUGUGGCCUUUGCUGAAAGUUGGGGGCCAUGGAACUGAAAGAGAUGUUGCAGUUGUGGCUAACUUAAGUGCCAGGGUGGGAUCCAUUGGGGACAAUCACUUAGGGGGAUGGCAUUCAUAUCGAUCUUCUAAGGCUGCACUUAAUCAGUUGACAAAAACGGUCUCGGUAGAAUUUGCAAGAAAGAAAGAUCCCAUCAUAUGCCUUCUUUUGCAUCCAGGCACAGUGGAUACAGAUCUUUCAAGGCCAUUUCAGAGAAAUGUUCCCCAAGGAAAGCUUUUCAGCAAGGAGUUUUCAGUGCAGAAGCUCUUAAGUAUCAUUGAUAACGCUAAGAGGCAUGAUAAUGGCAAGUUUUUUGCCUGGGAUGGUCAGGAAAUACCUUGGUAAGUUGUCCCCUUUCCGAAUAGAGCUCCAGAUCAAAUUUCUUAAGACCUCGAAAUUUCCCAGUAAAAACCCAUGCUAGAAAUUUCAAUUAUGGUGAUCAAGCAUAAAUUGUUACUGCAUCUCCUUAUGCACUGUUGUUGUUUCAGAAAAAUACACGUCAAGGUUAUGGUGAAGGUUUUGUAUACCUUAAUUGAAGUAUGUUGUUUUAUAGUUUUUUUUACGUAAAUAUAACCAUGGAUAUUACUGAUUUGUAUGAAACAGUUGGUUAUAAAGCAUGAUGUUUCAAUUGUUUCUUUACUUCA